AUGUGCAUAACUUUUGUGUACGUUGAACACAAUCCAGAUGCCAAAUAUAAAUUGAUUCUGCUGAAUAAUCGUGAUGAGUUACUCAGUCGUCCAACCAGUAUCGCCAGAUGGGAAAAUGGCAUUCUUGCUGGACGAGAUGAAAAAGAAAGUGCACACGGAACAUGGUUGUGUAUGAGUGCUACUGGUCGUAUUAGUAAUUUAUUAACGAUCACCGUGCCCACACAUCAAAUGAAAUCAAAUUCUGCCACUAGAGGUACAUUGCCGAUAGAUUAUGUGAAAUCAAACAAAAAACCGGAAGAAUUUUGCAAAUCAUUGGCUAGUACCGUAAAUCGAUACAAUGCAUUCCAGAUAUUAUGUUUUCAAAGUUAA